AUCAAAUCUAGAAAACCCAUUUCGUUUCAUCAUAUUUCCCAGCGUUUUGAUUUUCUUUGAUCGUUCUUUCUUUCUUUCUUUGCUUGGGUUUUGUUUCUUUAAGCUUACAGUUGGGAGGUAAAAAGCUAAAGCAGAAAAAAAAACAGAAUGACUUGGACUGGUAUGUUUUCUGAGUCAACUAGGAAAACAACUCGCCCAACUAGACCCCGGUACCUACCUCCUCACAUGAGAUCACCUCAAAUUGGCAAUGCUUCCUUUCUUGAAACCGGUGCCCCUGAGUUAACUCGCCCACGCUUCUACUCACCACAACUUGCUCAAUCCACCCGCGGCCGUGGACCCUGGUUAACCGCUCGCCGCAAUCCAAACUGGGAAGAUGAAAAGUUCGACGAGCUGGAAGUUGUUGAUGACACAUUAGAAGAAGCAAACGUAACCAACAAUCUCGAAGCUUAUGAUGACAUUCCGGUACAAGCAAGCGGCGACAACAUACCGCCGCCGGUGAAGACCUUUUCUGAGAUCGAUUUGGGGGAUGGUUUAAAGCAAAACAUAAGGAGGUGCAACUAUAUUAAGCCAACUCCAAUCCAACGCCACGCCAUUCCCAUAGCAGUUGCCGGUCGGGAUUUGAUGGCUUGCGCUCAAACCGGGUCGGGCAAAACGGCCGCCUUCUGUUUUCCCAUCAUUUCUGGGGUUUUAAAGGACUCAUUGUCAGUAACUCGCCGUGUUGGUGGUGGAAGUGAGGUGGCGUGCCCUCUUGCCCUUAUUUUGGCUCCUACCAGAGAGUUGUCUUGUCAGAUAUACGAAGAGGCUAAGAAGUUUGCUUAUAUGACUCGGGUUCAAAUUGCUGUUGCUUAUGGAGGCACUUCUAUUUAUCACCAGUUGCGCCGCUUAGAAAGAGGUGUUGACAUCUUAGUUGCUACUCCCGGACGGUUGGUGGAUAUGAUUGAGAGAGCAAAAGUUUCACUUGGAAUGAUAAAAUAUUUGGCUCUGGAUGAGGCUGAUCGAAUGUUGGAUAUGGGUUUUGAGCCUCAGAUUCGCAGGAUUGUCGAGCAAAUGGACAUGCCUCCACCUGGUACAAGGCAGACAAUGCUUUUCAGUGCCACAUUUCCAGAUGAGAUUCAGAGAUUUGCUUCGGAUUUCCUUUUGGACUAUGUAUUUCUGGCUGUUGGAAGGGUUGGUUCAAGCACUGAUUUGAUUGUCCAAAGAGUGGAACUGGUUCAAGAGAUGGACAAAAGAAACCAUCUUUUGAAUCUUCUCCGUACUCAAAGGUCCAAUGGAACUCCCCAUAGUAAGCAUGCUUUAACUCUAGUUUUCGUGGAGACAAAGAGAGGUGCAGAUAAGUUGGAACGCUGGUUGUCAAGGAAUGGGUUUUCAGCAAUUGCAAUGCAUGGUGACAAAGUGCAGAUGGAAAGAGAGCAAGCUCUGAGAUCCUUUAAAAGUGGUGCUACUCCAAUACUAGUUGCCACAGAUGUUGCUUCACGAGGACUUGAUAUCCCUCAUGUUGCUCACGUUAUUAACUUUGACAUGCCGAAAAACAUAGAUGAUUAUGUGCACCGGAUAGGUCGAACUGGCCGUGCUGGAAAAUUUGGUCUGGCUACCGCUUUCUUCAGUGACAAGAACUUGCAUCUUGCAAAGUCAUUGGCCGAAGUAAUGAAGGAAUCCAGCCAGGAAGUCCCGACUUGGUUAAUCCAAAAUGCUGAGAAUUACUCUGCUAGCGGUCGCAGCGGUUGGGUUAGACACCGUGGAGUUGAUUAUGGCGGUUAUGACUUACGAAAAGACAUUGCAUCUUCAAGCACUUACAAUGAUACUUAUGCUGUUCCUGCCAUUGAUGGUCAAUAUGCUCCAACUUUCCUUGGCAGCGGUGGUGACGAUCAUUGGGUUGCCAGUGACAUGAACCUAAAUGCUGCUGCUCCGCCAUAUGGUUACGGAUCGGUCGUUGCGAGUGGGUGGGACUAGAGCUGCAUCAUUCCUCCAUGUUCAUGGCAUCAUUUUAUAUAGACAUGGUAUAUUGGCAUAAGAAAUGCAUUUGAUAUAUCUAGUUUUGUUUACAUAUUUCAUGAUCUGUGUUGUGAUGUCGUAAAUUUGCUUUGUUUUGAGAUAUUGGCAGUCAGAACCCUUUGGGCU